AUGGAUCCGAAACACGAAGAUAGAGCAACGUCGUUCUUUGCUCAACCAGGAAUAUUAGCAGCCGUCAUUGGAGGAUGCGUAGUGGGUUUGUUGUGCGCCAUACUCGUCGUCAUGUUCAUCGUGUACAGGAUGAGGAAAAAGGAUGAAGGAUCGUAUCCGUUGGACGAACCCAAAAGGUCACCCACGUCAAAUUCAUAUUCGAAAAACACUCAAAGGGAAUUUUACGCCUGA